AUGGCCACCUGUCCCUGUGCCACGCAGGACUGCCCCUUACUAUGCUGCUGUGGCCGAGGUCAGGGACUUGCGUGUGAGGGUCACUGCCUUGGAGCGACAGUGGGACACAGCGAGCCCUCCGCCCCAGCCAGUGCCUGCCCCUGUCCAGCCAGCGGCCCCGGCCCAGCGCCCCAACCUGCCCACAAGAACCAGCCCCAGAGUGUGCCGGCCAGCCCCCAGCCCCAACCAGUGUCUGCCCCAGAUAACAAGCCCCAGAGUAUGCCGGCCAGUCCCUGGCCCCAACCAGUGACUGCUACUGUCCAGCCUGCCCUAGAUAACAAGCCCCAGAGUGCGCCAGCCAGCCCGCGGCUCCAGCCAGUGUCUGUCCCGGUACAUCCUUCACCCCAGUCUGCCCCUGAUAGCCAGCCCCAGGGUGUGCCGGCUAGUUCUCGGCCCCAGCGAGUCCAGCCACCGGCCCCAGUACAGCCACCGCUCCCGCUGGUCCUGGUGUCCCGUGAUAUACCCCUGUCUGUGCCGGACCGCACGCCUCCGCGGUCUGGGUCCCCCUCUGUACAGGCGGACCUGGUAUUGGAUGACAUGGACACGGAUGAGGAGGAGUGGGUACCCACGGCUACUCAGACACUGGACCGGCUGCAGGCCAAGCUCGCCGCUGUGACCGAGGGGCUCGCUUAG